AUUUAUCAUGCCGGGCAAGAUGGCGGCUACGCAGACGAUAUGUUCCUACCAGUGAACACAUAAAAGGCGUUUUAUUAAUUAUAUAAAAACGAAACGGAUUCCUUUACACGUUUGUCUGGAUUGCGUGUGUACUCUUCCUUUGGCUAGUGUCGAAGUCGUUUUUGUUUUUCAAAUUUUCGACGUUUUUUUUCCUCACAAAAUGUUCCCGUUGUGAGUCGCUCGCUAACCGAGGCUAACAGAGCAGUUAGGAGCUAGUUAGCUCUCUAUCAGAGUGUAGAAUGGGGGAAAAGCUGGAGCUCAAGCUCAAAUCGCCGGUUGGAGCGGAACCCGCGGGUUAUCCCUGGCCGUUACCAAUAUACGAUAAACACCAUGAUGCUGCUCAUGAAAUCAUCGAGACCAUUCGGUGGGUGUGUGAGGAAAUCCCUGACCUCAAACUGGCCAUGGAAAAUUAUGUGCUCAUCGAUUAUGAUACCAAGAGCUUUGAGAGUAUGCAGAGACUUUGUGACAAGUACAACAGGGCUAUUGACAGCAUCCACCAGCUGUGGAAGGGGACCACCCAGCCCAUGAAGCUAAACAAACGUCCCUCCAAUGGGCUGCUGAGACAUAUCCUACAGCAGGUGUACAACCACUCAGUGACUGACCCCGAGAAGCUGAACAACUAUGAACCCUUCUCCCCUGAGGUUUAUGGGGAGACCUCAUUCGACCUUGUGGCUCAGAUCAUUGAUGAGAUGGAAAUGAUGGAAGAAGACACAUUCGUUGACCUUGGCAGUGGAGUAGGGCAGGUGGUACUGCAGGUUGCAGCAGCAACAAACUGUAAACACUACUAUGGUGUAGAGAAAGCAGACAUUCCAUCCACUUAUGCAGAGACCAUGGAUAAAGAGUUUAAAAAGUGGAUGAGAUGGUACGGGAAGAAACACGGGGAGUACACACUGGAAAAAGGGGACUUUCUGUCCGAAGAGUGGAAAGAAAGGAUAGCCAACACAAGUAUUAUUUUUGUGAAUAACUUUGCCUUUGGUCCAGAAGUAGAUCACCAGCUGAAGGAGCGCUUUGCUAACAUGAAGGAAGGAGGCAAAAUUGUGUCCUCCAAACCUUUUGCACCUUUAAAUUUUCGAAUCAACAGUCGAAACUUGAGCGAUAUUGGCACGAUAAUGCGCGUGGUGGAACUGUCUCCAUUGAGGGGCUCGGUAUCAUGGACUGGAAAGCCUGUUUCCUACUAUCUUCAUACCAUAGACCGCACCAUACUUGAAAACUAUUUUGCCAGUCUAAAAAAUCCUAAACUCAGGGAGGAGCAAGAGGCAGCUAGACGUCGUCAACAAAAGGACACAAAGGACAGCAAAAGCAAUAACACCACCCCUACCAAAACCAAGGAGCAAAACAAGCAGCAGGACUCUUGUGGUGAGGAAGAGCGUCCUAGCUUGGUGACCGUGGUCAAAGCCACUCCUAAGCCCAGGAGAAACCGGCUGUUAGCCAAAGGUCGCAAGCUAAACAAUAAGAAACGUGGUCGACCCAAGAAAGCCACCCCUGCUGUGGAGAAGAAUAAGAAAAAUCAGAGCGCAUUAGAUCUGCUGCAUGCAAAGACUCUUUCUGCAGCGCCACCUCAGGAUGCAUAUCGGUCGCCUCAGAGCCCCUUUUACCAGCUACCUCCUAAGGUCCAGCACUAUAAUCCCAGUCAGCUGCUGCUGAGCCCAACUCCUCCGGGUCUGCAACAACUACUUGAUAACAUCAAAGUCCAGUACCUCCAGUUUAUGGCUCAUAUGAAGACCCCUCAGUACCGCUCCAAUAUACAGCAGCUUCUAGAGCAGGAGAAGAAUAAACACAGGGAUUUAUCAGGACAGGCGGAGCAGCUUCAUUUGGUCUGUCAGUCUCACAAGGACAAGAUUAAACAACUCUUUCAAACCAAACUGGACGAGCUUGGAGUUAAAGCCCUGACAGUGGAGGACCUCAUCCAGGCUCAGAAGGAGAUAUCAGCCCACAACCGUCAGCUGAAGGAGCAGACUAAGCAGCUGGAGAGAGACAUGGCUUUACUGAGGGACCACAGCCUGCUUCUGCUGAAGUCCCGAUGUGAGGAGCUGAAAUUGGAUUGGGGAUCUUUGUGCUUGGAGAGUUUGUUAAAGGAGAAGCAGGCUCUGCGCCGGCAGAUUUCUGAGAAACAGAAGCACUGCUUGGAGUUGCAGAUCAGCAUUGUGGAGCUGGAAAAAAGUCAGAGGCAACAGGAACUGCUUCAGCUCAAAUCCUACAGCUCUCGUGAUAGCUCCCCCUAUAGGAAGAGUCUGGAGCCGCGCAGUUCUGCAGAUAUGGACUCAUCCAAGCUCAGCAUGUCCUCGGCCCCAGCACUAAAUGGCAUUAGCCCAGAGCUCUCAGUCAAUGGGACCAGCUCGCCAUGUUUUGACCGGGUUAACACAAAAGUGGAACUUUCUCGCUACCUUCCCAUUUCUCCAGACCACGAGAUGGGGGCCAGCACCCCAGAGGCUCGACAGAGGCAGCAGAACUCUUCCCAACCAGACUACACUCGCUUAUCUCCUGCCAAGAUUGCCUUACGGAGGCACCUUAACCAAGACCCCAAUGCCUCUGCUCACCUGAGGGGAUCGGGUUUAAUGAUGAACAGGGAACUUGGAGGUGUGAAUUCCCCUCAUGGAGCCAAGCAGAACUGUCCCUCUCCUGGUGCAUCUGAUGUUCAGUGUAAUGGAAAAAUCUCUGACAGGGGCGGUAAGGAGAAGAGUCAAUCUGUUCAGGGUGACAGCAUCACCAGCCUUCCAAUCAGCAUCCCUCUGAGCACAGUCCAUCCCAGUAAAUUACCAGUCAGCAUCCCACUAGCCAGCGUGGUGCUGCCCAGUCGUGCUGAGAGACAUAGAAAUACUCCCAGCCCCGUGUCUCAAUCGGGUUUGACCAACGGAUAUUCAUGUAGCUCAGGCCUGAUGAAUGGAGGUCCACACCAUGAGGACCACAAUGGUGCUUCUUUAUCACCUCUUCCACACAGCAACAGUCCUCUGACAGGACCAACGGGUCGAGGUGGCCCCAUCCAGAGCCCCUCCUUGAGCACCGGAGGCGUGCUUCAGUAUGCCGACGGACCGCCACGGAUUCUCCCCGAAGAUGGAGCGGACCGCCAAGGUGGGGAUUCAGACACAGAGCUCCAAGAAAGGGAACUACGGAUGAAGAUUUUCUUCUCAUCUUCCCCCUCUUCAUCUUCGUGUUCCUCUUCAUCAGGCAGUGGAAACUGUGCGACUGGAGCAUCACGCCUCCAUCAUCAUGCUGGCUCAGCCAAGCAGGGAUAUCACAGUAACCAUGGAAACCACCACCACCAGUCUCCCAGCACGCAGCACGCACACACUCCCACACAUACGUCAUCCUCCCACAGCUUCAGCUCUCAGGAGCGGUGUAGGCGUUGGAGGAGGAAACGCAGCUCCACAGGGGCAGCGGCGUCCAGCACCUCCCCGAAGAGACGCUCGUUCUCUGGGGUCGGCUCCAACAGUCACUCCUCUGGAUCGCCUCUCAACAUCAACUCCAUGGUGAACAACAUCAACCAGCCUCUGGAAAUCUCCGCCAUCUCUUCUCCAGAGGAGUCAAGCCGAAGCCCCCACGGUGCUGACCUGGACCAGCCCCCCAUCUUAAAGAGAGAGCGCCCCCUGGAGUUCAAUGGUAACGGUCGAUACUCGACCACCCCCAGCUCUGAUGACGAGGACUCAGGAUAUCCUCCGGACAGCUCCAGUUCCCGCAUCGAAAGGAAAAUAGCCACUAUAUCAUUGGAUAGCAGAGAUGGACAUAGACUGGUUGAUGGGGAACGAGGAAGGAAAUCUGGCAGCAGCAGUGGCAACAGCACAGGCAGCGAGGCUUCCUCAUCAUCCUUUUGCUCAAACAGCAAGUGGAAAUCGACCUUUUCACCCAUAUCAGACCCCAAGCAAAACAACUGUGACCUCAGUCAGGGGGGGUCCCCUUUCAGCAGUGGGGGGUCGAGCCGAAGCACAGACUCAGACUCGGACUACAAACAACAGAAUGGGAGGAAAGGGGGCGACGGGGAUUGCUCCAGCUACAUGACCCCCAACCCUUUCCUCAGUCAGGAGACAGGAGCGUGGGUCGCCACUAAUGGCUGCGGUGUCCAGGGAGGAACCGGUUCCGACCAGCGCCAGGUCCUCCAGAAGCAGAAGGGUCCACGUGACUGGGAGCUGAAGAACGGCAGCAGCAUGGCCAGUCAGAACCUCUUCAUCGCCGCCGCUGCCGCCAGCAGUGGUGGAGGCAUUCUGAGUGGGAAGGUUGGAGGCAAUCCCAACGCAGUGUCCUCAACCACUGGGCCAUCUAUGGGGCAGUACCUGAGCUCCCAGUUUCCACUCACAGGGACCACGGUCCUUCAGUCCUUGUUCGGGGCCCAGACGGGUGUCUCAACUGUGAACGGGACCUCCAGGCUUGUAAACGGACAUCCUGCCCUGGGAAGCUUCUCCAGUGCAGGGUUGGCAGGUGGAGCAGCAGGAGGUAUUUUUCACCAUGUGGUUCCCUCAGCGUCCUCCCAUCAGUUUGGGGUGACACUGUCCACCUCUGGAGGCCUCGGCUCCCUGCUCAGUCACUCCUCCUCUUCCUCUGCCUCCUCCCAAUCCCAGCAGCGCACCAUUCCUCCACCUGCCUCCACGCGCCUGACCUCUGUGUCCCCGUCUCUCUCGCUGUCCCAGGCCCAGCACAGCCGCACGCAGUCAGUCCUGCACAGCCCCUCUCUCUCGCUGCCCCCUCCACCACCCCUUCAUAGUCUCUCCUCCUCCACUUUAGCCUCCACACACUCUGACAUCUCAUCGUGUUCUAAGUCUGACUCCCUCCACUCCUCGCGUCUCUCCCAGACUUCUCUCCAUCACCAGAGAAUACAGUUAUCUCUCUCGCUUUCCCUCACCACCUCCUCCACCACUUCAUCCUCUGUCCCCCCUGCUGCUUCUCCCUCCCCCUCCACCUCUUCGUCAUCCCGACCAUUCACAGUGCACCCCCCAUCCAGGCUGCCCGUGCCUCCAUUGGGCAGCAGCUCAGGCGGUGGCAUGUGGAGGACUCAGGGCAUGCAUGGUCCACACACCAACUCCCAGAUCCUCGGCCCCCGACCUAGAUAGUGUUUGGGCCGAAGGGCAGUGGGGAGGAGGGGAUGGGCGCGGGGGAAUCAGAGAGUGGUUAGAGAAAGAUAGGGGGAGAGAGAGAGAGACAGGAUACCUGUUUUCCAUGUUUUUCUACAAGCUGUUGUUCAAAAUGAACAAGGUAAUUGAUGAGAACUACCUCAACAAGAAAUAAACUAUGCAAAUGUCCAGGUGUGGACCAAGGCACACUCCUCUUUCACUGGUGCUUCAAACCGUCUGCACUACCCAACCGCCUCCAAGACCGGCUUUCCACUGGGACAUCUGGGACUCUCACACUAAGGACCACUGUGGUCACCUGGAGCAUCUGUUUUUAAAAGUCAUGUUUAUGUUUGAUGUAUCAAAUGUCUGUGUGAAGAUUUAUAAUCUGGACUUCAGGCCCAAGGAAAAUAAAUGAUUGAAUCAGUGUCAGCUCAAAUCGGAUUGUGGUGGUUAAGUGGAAUUACAUCCUGGAGCGUCCAUCUUGUGAAUCCUAUCAGGUGCUCCACUCCUCCCAAAGCUUCCCUUCAUGUGUGUUUGAAUACUGAAACACAGAGAAUCAGAUAUUCAAACAGCUCUCAGAUAUUUUGCAGCUUUUCCUCACAGCAUGCUUGUUCACCUAACCAUGUUUCCUUCCCUCUUGAGCAUGAUGAGGAUCUCUUGUCUGACGUCACACUGGAAUUAGGAUAAAGAUGUCCCAGUCUCAGUGGGUUCUUUUGCACCACAUUAUUUUAUUUUAUUUUUUUAAAUACCAAAAAGAUCAUUUGAGUUCCCUUUCCAUUAGGUGGGAAUUAAACUUCAAUUUGAUUUGAAUUACAGUUUGAUCUAAUAUCAAGUAUUCAGCAGUAUCACUUAAAAUCUCUUUAGUUAUGCUUUUUUUCAGUGUUUGAAAAUUAGUGGGAACAUCUGCUAAUCUUAAAACAUCAUUGUUAUUUUUAGACCAUUUGGUGAAGAAGACUUUACCAGCAGCGUGUGUUUUAAUCUAAAAAGAUGAACUUAUAUUCACUAACUAUGGCUUAUUUUAGUGGAGGUUUAAGGACUGGCUUAGGAUCGGGUGUAGAGAUUUAUUGGAGUCGGUUAGUUUGGGUUUUCUGUUCUUGAGUCAGCUUGGUUAAGUCACACUACUACUUGGAAGGAUUUCGUUUCUGCAACCAAGUUUUUAAACUGGUCUUAAGCUAAAUUUUGCCCUAUUUAUAUUUGCUGCACUUGGUGAAUACAACCACGCACACAUAACACAGAGGCAAACAUGCAAAGCCUCGCACACUGGGUUAAAAAAACAAAGCAAAAUUUACAGUAACCACAACAAAACUACUGGACUACCUUCACACCUUUGUUUGCUUGUCAUUUUUUUUUUUUUUUUGGUAAACAAUGUAUGUACUGUGAAUGUGAUUCAUUCUCCGACUGUAUAGUUGUUGAUAAUUUAGAAGAUUAUUAUUUAUGCUGACCGUCUGUCCUUUUCCCUUGGUGUAUGUUUCUCACUUUGAAUUGUGUUGACAAGUAGAAUGCAAUGGUGUGUGUGUGUGUGUGUGUACUUGACUCACAGUCUGAAAACAAUGGUGCUAAGUUUGGACUUUGCCUGAAUUUAUUUAUUGUAAAUUGAAAUCAGAAAAAAAAAGAAAACAAUUUCAAUUCUUGGUGCUCUACACAGGGACAUUCUUUAGGCCAUUUUUGGCUUUUUUUUCUUCUCAUAUUUAAUAUACUGUUCCAGAUUUUAGCCUAGUGUUCAACAGUAGACGCCGCCUAAUGAUGAUAAAACUCUAGUAGCUGCCUCAGAGUUUGAGUAAAUAGGUUUUGAUGUUCUCCUAAAGAGGUUUUUUUCCACAUAUAGACUGCUUUUUCUCUCAGAAGUGAACUUCUUAUCUCUCAGUGAAUAAGAAACACUGUUUUUAUAUUGUUUUUUGUUUUAAGUCUCCCAUCAAAGUUUUAUAAAGUAUGUAUCUAUUUACAUUACGUCUAUAAAAGUAAAUAAAUAUAUAUGUAUAUAGCUAUAUAUAUGAAAGUGAUUAGGGAUGUUUGGUGCUCACAUUCUGACCCUUAUUUUCAGCCUGUUUAAACAGGAGGCUUGAAGCCAAGCUGAGCAAAGCAAAGCAUUACCACCUCGGGACCUUAACACGGCAGCACCUGAAGCUUUGUGAUGUAAGAAAAACAGGACUAGAUACACAAACUGUGUUCCUAUGUAAACACACGGCGGUGCUGUAGCUCAGACACACGUAGAACCCAGCACUAGAACUGUUCUCACUUAAAUCAGGUGUUUUCAGCUCUAUUUUUCUUUUGUUUUGGAUCCGCACUCUGCAGAAAGAAAGAAAAAAAUAAAUGGUGCUUAUGUUUCAAUGCAACCCGGGUUCGGUUUUACAAACUAGAUCUUAACUGGUGCAUAUAACGCCAUGUCGGCGUCUUUUUCAUGUUUUUUUUUUUUCUCCCCACACGCUAUCUUCCUGACUAGGCCGAACUUUGUCAAGUGAUCAUGUUGUGUAACGGCUUACAGACAUUCUGAUGUAAAGUACUGUUUUGAUGAUCGAGAGCAGCAAUGCCUCCUUUUAAACCUGCUAGAGGAAAAUGCAUUUAAGCUCAGUUAUGUGUGGGUGCUGUAUCUUUUUUCUCUCCCAACUCUUACUAGUGCAUAUCUAAGGGAAGAUUAGACUAAAAUGGAAAGCUUUACAGUCAAACCUCCUGUCCUGUGCACUCCUCAUGUAAACAAACAUUCUCCUCACCUGUGCGUGUUAAAACGAAGAGAAGAAAGUCAUUUUCAGAUGUAGUUAGAUACUAGUCCAUUUGUUACCAGCACUGAGAGAUAUUUUGUAAUUAUUGUUGAUGCUGUUUGGAUUAUUUUUCUUUCCUAUUCUUGGUGUUUGAUACAAUUACAGUUACAUGUAAUGCUUUUUAUGGUGUAUGCAGAUUCCUGUCAGGUUUUAUUACUACUAUCCAGAUGGACAGCACGGUGCUCUCCUUUACUUCAGAUAUAAAAAUGCAGCUUUUGAUAGAUGCUACCCUUCUAUUGUGCUGCAGGGUUUUAUGGUUAGAACAUGUUUAAUCUGAGCUCGCUUUGUGGCUUUCCUGAUGGUCCAAACUCUUGGAUCUUUUCUUUUUGAGGUGAUUUGGUGCAUGCACUGCUGAGAAAGGUUUGUCUUAUAAAAGGUUAAAUGUGCUCAUCACAGCUUUUAGUCAGAUUUGUAGUUUUUUUGUGCUUUUUUUUUUUUUGGAGUGUUAUUUGCAAUUAAAGAAUUUUUUUCAAUAUUCCUGGUACGUCUUUGGUAGAUUUGUGAGUUUUUGCACUCUAGGCUGUUUACUUUAAAUCCUGCCAAAGGUCUUAACUCAGGAAGCUUCCAACAGUUUUCUAUAAACAGCUCAUUUAUAAAUGUGGCAUGAUGGAGUCCCCCUUAGAAACUAAGCUCAGGACGAAGAUAAACUCGGUGAGCAUAUUUUUUAAGCAAAAACCUGCCUGUGAUGUCCUCAGACUGACUCCUAGCAGUGCAUGCGCCGAGCUCCAUGAGUCGCUAUGAUCUCAGGAAAGCCAUGAAAUUUGCUCCGACUUCUUUCAUCUCACAAAAUGCCUCUGUCUCGAGAUGUGUCGGCCAAGAAAGAGGUGCGGCGUCCUCUGUCCGGAUCCCUUUAACCGUCGGGGCUGGCAGUGGAGGACGGCUGCUACCUGAGUGGUUGGUGUGCGAUCACCUGUGAUUGGUGAAGCCAGGGCAGGUUUGAGGUGCAAUAAUGGCAAACCUACUUUCCAAAAGGCCCUGGGUUUUUCCUGAAACAAUUGUUACUGUUUGAUGUUGGUGCUUCUAUCCUAUGAUGUUAACAUGAGACAAAUGGAAUUAGUGUUUUGGGUUUUAUUUCUGCCUCUUAUGUUUAUUAAUAAAAUGUUUCAUAUGAUAUUGGCA